GACGUCGUGAAACAAGAUGGGCUGCUUUGGCUUCCUAAAAAUGCUGAUGUUCGUAUUUAACGGUGUCAUAUUUCUUGCUGGAGCUGGUGUUCUGGGAGUGGGGAUCUGGGUGAAAGUGGACGGAGCUUCGUUUACUAAACUCCUGGACUCGGUCAGUCCGGACCUGAGCCAGGUGGUCAACGUGGGCUACCUGUGCAUCGCCGUGGGGCUCGUGCUUCUCGUCAUGGGCUUCCUGGGCUGCUGUGGAGCCAUGAAGGAGAGCAAGUGCAUGCUGCUGCUGUUCUUCAUCAUUGUGCUGUUGGUCUUCGUGGCACAGGUUGCCGGAGCUGUGGUGGUUCUUGCCUUCUCCUCUUUGGCUGAUAUAAUUGUCGCUCAGGUUGGAAAUGUAGCGAAAGACAGUCUAGAAAAGGACUAUGGGAAGCAAGCGGACAUUACCGCCGUGUGGAACACGACCAUGAAGCAGCUGAAAUGCUGUGGAUUCAAUAACUACACGGACUUCACCAGCUCUCCCUUUAGAAACUACACCGGCAACUACCCUGAGCAGUGUUGCAAGAGCAUGGCCAACUGUACUCUGUCUGAGGCAGAAAAAUCGAAAAUUGAUGGGUGUUAUAAAGCGAUCCUGGAUUUCUUGAAGGAUAAUGGAAAGAUCCUGGGAGCGGUCGCCUUGGGAAUAGCUGGUUUGGAGAUUGCUGCAAUGGUGGUAUCCAUGGUGCUGUACUGUCACAUUGAUUCAAAGUAGCCAGCAGAAUUCGGAACAUAGCAAGAGGAUAGCCCUGACCCUCCUAUAGGAAACCCCAGAGAACAGACCCCAACCCUCCUCCGAGAAGUUUCCCAUUAUAGGCGACCAGUGACGCUCUGCAUUAUUGACCCUUCCCUUUUUGUAACCCACAGCCAACUGUCUUAGACGUUUGCAAUCAAAGGCGGGUGCAUGCUGUGUUAUUAGUUUGAUUAGCUGUUUAUCUCCCCUGGAUUGUGAGGUGCCAAACGUACAGCACUCGGUGUUUGCCAGCGCGGUUCCUUGCUCUGUGCGGAGGCAUUAUGAACAAGCCAGUGUAAAAUUAAGCAGCUUCAAAUCACGUCCACUGUUUUACCUUCCUUUACAUUUCACGAGGGGGGGGGGGGGGGGUAGUUUUGAGCUGCCCUCAAUAGCCAGCCGUACAACAGCUGCAACGCAGGCUUGGUCAGCCCCCCCCCCCCUCCGCCAGCGCCAUCUAGAGCACAGCAGGGGAUGCCCAGCAAAACCAAAGGAAGCCUCUAGAUGGCGCUUGGCUCUUCUUUCAAAGACAUUGGCUUAUCUAGCCUGGGCUUUAUAAGUCUAUGGCAGAGCAGCUAGAACUGAAGAGCAGUUCCUGAGCUUGCAAUCAAAGCAGCUGAACAUAGCAAGCUCCAACUUUGGGUGACUGCAAAGCUAUAGACCCCUAACAUGAUUGUAACACAUGCCAAAGCUUAUGGGAGCGUUCCAGUACAGUCUAUACACUGUAUAUAAUCUCAGAUACACACCCUAUUGCAGUCUCCUCGUGUUGUCUUGUAAUGCUGAAAUAAGGCACAGGAAUUGAUUCGAUUCAGCACACGCUAAACCAAACUAUAAUUUCCACCCUUCGGUCUCAGUCACAUCAGCUGACAAUGGGUUAACUUCUCCAUCGCCAUUUCCAAAGAGCAAAAUGUGUCAACGUUUAACUCAAUCAGCAUUCUGCUUAGCAGUUAGCAGUUAGAUAACAAUAGCACUCAAGAUCGUUAACUCAAUAUUAAUGCUUCAAAAAUAAAUCUACAAUGACAUUACACAUGCAAAUAAAGUUAUAAUCA